GCAGAUAAAAAGGUGGAACUGGAUGCAAUUUGCACAAAGCAUGCACACUGCAUCUUAACGCCCCGAGAGACAUCCCAGAAGAAGAGCCAGAGGGGGGAACAUAAUGUAAGAAGUUUAGAAACUUGGCUUUCCCCAUCAAAAAAGGGGACUGCCCAUUCUGUUGAGCGUGCACCCCUUGCAAUAAAUUUGAGUCAGCACAACAACAGCUCUGCAGUCUUCUGAAGGGAAGCUGAUCAGGUGGUUGCAGAGCCCCUGGAAACGGCAGUACGAUGCAGCUGAAGAGGCAACGCACAACCCACAGACAAACUGUGGCUCGGCUGGAGAGCAAACCGACCUUUGCAUUUGAAUCUUCCAGGGAAAUGAUGCACUAAAGGCUACAGUGGAGAGAGUGAGGCAACAAUGGAGACCCGGAUCUUGAAGGCAACGCUUGGCACCCUGGCUCUUCUCGUCUUUAUACCAGCCAUUCAGGGUAUUUGUCCUUCUUUGUGUUCAUGCUCAGGAAAUGAUAGAAACGUGGACUGUUCUGGCAGAAACCUGACCACGCUGCCCUAUGGACUUCAGGACAACAUUACCUAUUUGAAUUUGUCGUAUAAUCGUUUUGUGGACCUCAACCACCAGCUGACUCAGUUUGCGAAUCUGAGAACCUUGGAUGUUUCCAACAAUUGGCUCCGGAGCCUCCCAGCUCAACUGCCCAGGUCUCUGUGGGAAAUAUAUGCCACGCACAACAGCAUCAGGGUUCUCCAAAAGCUUGACACGGCCUACCAGUGGAAUCUUAAAGUCCUUGACGUGUCCAGGAACAUGGUGGAAAGGGCUGUGCUUAUUAACAACACAAUGAGCAGCCUCGUGUUCCUCAACCUCAGCAGCAACAAGCUUUGGACUGUCCCCACCAACAUUCCCAUCCAUGUGGAGAUCGUGGAUCUAUCCAACAACUUCUUGUCACAAAUCCUUCACGGCACGCUGAGGAGGCUCACCCACCUUUCCCAACUUUAUCUGCACAACAAUAAGUUCACCUACAUCCCUGACAAAGCAUUUGACCAGCUGGCUCAGCUACAACUCAUCACACUUUACAACAAUCCCUGGGCGUGCAAGGAUAAACCAGCAGCCCUCUCUUAUUUGCGGGAUUGGGUAGGUAAAACACAAGCCACAAUCUUUGGGGUGCCGUGCCCGGAGGAGGAGGAGGAGGAGGUGUCAUGGGAAGGCUCCGGGCCAUUCUCAGCUACUCCAACCCUGGCACAGAACCACCUCUUCGUGAAAGCCAUAAAGGCAGUGGAUACAACCGACUCUGCAGAAGCAACUGAACAGAGUGAAUUAGCGUAUGAACAACAGUCCGGAAUGACGGACAUCAAUGUAAACAGCACCGAUGACCCAACAAUAGCAUUCACCAGCACUGACAGGCCACUGAUUCCCUACCCCCAAAAUCUCAGCACAGAGAACCUUAAUUCUUUCGAAGUGGCUGCAGCCACGCACAGGGUCUACAUCCAAGAUACCACCUCUGCGAAGUCCAGAACAAAAGGUCUGGCCGAAGUCCCCACAAUUCCUAUGACCUUGAGGAUCACCAGCGGGGUGCCUACAAACUACCCAACAAAACAACAAAGCACAACCAUAAAGAAAGAAGAACGCACCACAAAAAUGAGCCCUCGCGCACCCUCUAAAGCAAAUGUGCCCAGGGGGUAUUUGUUCUCUACUGUCAUGCUUGCUGUGGUGGCCCUGGCAACUGGCAGUGAAUUUGUGUUUAAAUGAAUGAAUUGCUUCAUUAUUCCAUAUUAAUAACAUGUCUGGGGAGGGGGAGGAGGGGGAGAGAGAGAUGCUCCUGUUCCACAAUGAAUUACUGUAGAUGCAAGAAGAAAUGCCUGUUUUUAAGAUUCUGAAAUAUGACUGAAGAAUAUAAUAACUCCUCUUGGAUGGCAGGGCUGCAGAAAAUCACGUCUUGGUAACCAAGCUGCUACUUAAAUUAUGUCUUACUGAAUUAAGAAAAUAAAAAAAGGAAGAAAAUU